CCCCCAGACUGUAGUUACGUACUUGUCGACCUUGAGGCCUCAUUCCUUCAUCGUUUUUGCGAGUUUUAUAUAUCGAAGGGUUGGGGAGCCUAGGAGCCCCAUCGACCUCGUUGAGGAGGCCCAUUAGGGUGUCUACAGUUGAAAGACAUCUCUCUAUCUCUUCUAAUACAAUUCAACUUUCUCUCGAGAUAUUGUACCGGCAGCGGAUACGUUUGGUGCUCUUGGGUGAUUAGUUGUGCGUGUGUUUGUGUGGGUGUUUGAUGCCGUCGGUGAUUGUCCACGACGAGAGCGACAUGGCCGAAACGAGGAACGACGCAGAAGAACCACCGAGAAAGAAAGGCAAACUAGAGUCACCGAUGAUGUCGCAUGCAAGCGGGGACGAUGGAGAGAUGAGUUUGAAUCAGUUGCUUGAGCUGUUGCCCGACGAGUUGAUAGGGACUCCAACGUUAGAGUCUAGUCUACCCAACGGUGUGACGAGUAGUGGGACACCCGGUCUUCCUGGCUUUCCCGGCCCGUCUACAGCGCAUAGUUCUAACAGAGAGCAGUCCGAUCUGGGAUUUGAGAAACAAGAAAGCCUAAGGAUGGACAUGUUGGUGAGCAACUCUGCUGCUAGUGGAAAUGGCAAGGAUGAGUCAGCCUUACGGGGCGGCAAACUGAUAAACAGACCUCCAGUCAAGGAGACCAUGGUUGGUAGCAGCUCUGCUGUUUCUAGCAGCCCAAAGAGAACUGAUGGGUUUUCUGAGAGACAAGCAGUAGUAACUUCAAAAACUCCACCAUUACAUGAAGAUGGACUCGGCGCUAGCCCUGUCAACCCUGCUAGUACCAGUACGGUGUCUUUGUCUCCUGGUGGUUCGGGUGAACUAGUUCAGAAUGGCAAGGGCUCAGUUGCACAGAACUGCUCGGAAGGCAUACUGCUCGACUCUCAGUCUCAGUUCCAGAGAGAAAACAGUAACGAUCGUGUCAUGCCUGAUUCUGGAGCGAGCACUAUGUGUAAUAACAUGGCAUUACCUACUAGUGCAGCGGCAGGAAAGCUAAUGACUGUGUCUGCUGUUAUGGAAGCCGACAAACAUGCAGAACACACAGUAAAGGUCGAACCGAAUUCUGCUGGCAUUAUGGGAUGUGCUGGUGGUGAGAAGGGUUCGUAUGGAAAUGGUCCUGUUGCAUUAGCAGAGAAUGGUCGUCUUACAGAUGGGUUGUCGCAUGCUAGCACUGCUUCAGUGCCAUAUAGCAUGAAUACUUUGCCUUUUAACGAUGGUAUCACGUCAGCAUCGUUUCACAGUGCCAUGGACUCAAGAAUGCAGUUGUCGUUGACAGUUCAUGACAACAUGUUUCCAGUUGCAAAUAUGGUCACUCAGGCAGGAGGAAAUAUGCAGUCUGAUGUCAAACCGAACCAAGUAUCACUGAUGCAAGUCGGUCCAGGUGGGUUUAGUGGUCCUCCUGCUGGAGUCUCUCGCCCCACUGCUGAUCCAGAAAAGAGAAAACUAAUUCAGCAACAGCUGGUGUUGUUGUUGCAUGCUCACAAGUGUCAACGUCGGCAGCAACAAGCUAACGGUCAACUUAAACCAUGCAAUUUGCCACACUGCCAGAUGAUGAAAGAUGUUCUCAACCACAUGAUCACGUGCUCGGCAGGAAAGACAUGUCCAGUGGCUCAUUGUGCAUCAUCAAGGCAGAUAAUUCAGCAUUGGAAGGGUUGCUCACGUGAAGAUUGUCCAGUCUGUUUACCUCUCAAGAACAGUGCAACACUUCAUCGUCCAACUGGAGUGGGCUUCAUCGAUUCUCUUCCUGUAGCAACGCAAGGAGCACAGUGGCGUCUAAGUGUUACCCAGGAUUUGAGGAAUCAUCUUGUCAGCAAGCUGGUGACUGCAAUAUUUCCUACUCCAAUGAAUGAUCCUGCUGCAAUGAAAGACAAACGAAUUGUGAAUCUAGUGGCAUAUGCUCGUAAGGUGGAGAGAGACAUGUUUGAGUCAGCUAGUAGUCAGAGGGAGUAUUAUCACUUGCUGGCAGAGAAAAUUUACAAAAUACAGAAGGAGCUGGAAGAGAAGCGAAAGCUUCGUGUCCAACGAGCAAGGAUGAACAGCAUCAAUGGAGAAACAGCUCUUUCCAGUGGCAAGCAAGUGUCACCUCCUUACCAGUCUGCUCCAGGAUGUGGACAGUCAACAAUACCUUACCAGCCAGAUUCACAUGGUUAUACUCAGAAUAUGAUGCAGUCACAGCUGCAGCAUAUUCUGCAACAAAGAAACGAGAUGGCACAAUCGGUGUUGAAUUCUAGUCUUUCACAGUCAUCCGCACCUGGCUACAUGAAUAGUCUCAGUCACAUGGAUCCACCACCACCAAGCAAGUCUCCUAUUGAACCGGCAAGUUUGGGAGGACCGCAGGCAGGCUCUUCUGACACCCAAGGCACUGGGAAGAUAGUUUGGUUACCUAAGCAUUUGCAUCGAGCGUUUACACCUGUCUUGGAGUGUAUGUAUCGACAAGAGCCAGAGUCUCAACCCUUCCAACAGCCUGUUGAUCCCUAUUUGCUAGCAAUUCCAGAUUAUUAUGAAAUCAUCAAGAACCCGAUGGAUUUGUCAACAAUAAAGCAGAAACUUGAGACAGGAAUGUACAAAGACCCAUGGGAGUUUUGUGAUGACUGCUGGCUUAUGUUCGAUAAUGCCUGGCUGUAUAAUCGGAAAACAUCACGUGUCUACAAGUAUUGCACGAAAUUGUCUGAGGUGUUUGCUCCCAAUGUGGACAUGGCCAUGCAACGGUUAGGUUAUUGCUGUGGGAGAAGGUUCAUUUUUCACCCACAAGUUCUUUGUUGCUAUGGAGCACAACUGUGCACUAUUCCUCGUGAUGCAGAAUAUUACAGUUUCCAGAACAGAUUCAUGUCUUAUCAUUAUUGUGAGAAGUGUUUCAAUGAGAUUGACAAGGAGGAGAUCAUCCUCGGAGAUGAUCCAAGUGGAGGAGUGAUUAGAAAGGAUGCUUUCGUGAAGUUGAAGAACAACAGUGUUGACUAUGAACCUUUUGUGGACUGUAUCAGCUGUGGGCGGAGGUGGCACAAAAUAUGUGCUCUUUACAGUGAAUACAUCUGGCCAAAUGGGUUUCAGUGUGACAUCUGUAUUAAAAGAUUGGGACUGAAAAGGAAGGAGAACAGAUGCACAGGAAAACGCCUUCCAUCGUCUCAGCUGGCUACUUAUCUUGAAAACAGAGUGAACAGAUUCUUGAAGGCCAGUGAUUCAAGUGCAGGCGAUGUGACCAUUCGAGUUGUAUCCAGCUCUGAUAAGGCAGUGGAAACAAAGCAGAUGAUGAAGGAGAAGUUUUGCUCAACAAACGAAUUUCCAGAGAGUUUUCCGUACAGAGCAAAAGCUCUGUUUGCGUUUGAAGAUAUUGAUGGUGUUGAUGUUUGCUUUUUUGGAAUGCAUGUACAAGAGUAUAGCUCAGACUGCCCUGCUCCAAACUCAAGACGAGUGUACAUCUCAUAUCUCGACAGUGUCCAUUUCUUUCAACCUCGUCACUUGCGAACUGCAGUUUACCAUGAGAUUCUUAUUGGCUACUUGAAGUACUGCAAAGAGCUUGGCUAUGCGCAUGCACACAUAUGGGCAUGUCCACCAAGUGAGGGAGAUGAUUAUAUAUUCCACUGUCAUCCUCCAGAGCAGAAGAUCCCAAAGCCAAAGAGGCUUGUUGAUUGGUAUAAGAAGAUGCUGGACAAAGCAUUGAAGGAAGGAGUUGUCAUUGAUUACAGAGACAUCUACAAACAGGCACUAGAGGAUGGCUUGAAAAAGCCGACCGAGCUGCCAUACUUUGAAGGUGACUUUUGGCCCAACGUUUUGGAAGAGAGUAUCAAGGAAUUGGACAUCGAGGAGGAGGAGAGACGAGCAACUGCAGCUGCUGAAGCAGCGGGAACAGAUGAGAAAAGUGGCACCAAAGGAAAUGCCACCAGCAAAAAGGCUGGGCAGAGUAAGAAAGGCAGCAAGAAAAGCUCUUCAAACAGAAAGAACACAAAGAAGACUGCUAUGCCCCCUGGAGGGUGUGACCUCACACAGAAAUUGUAUGUAACCAUGGAGAAACACAAGGAGGUAUUUUUUGUUAUUCAAUUGCAACCACCUCGUCUCGUUCCCAAUCUUCCUUCUACUCUUGACAAAGAUGUGCCUGUUUCUUGUGAUCUCAUGGAUGGCCGAGAUGUCUUCCUAACUAUGGCACGAGACAAGCAUUAUGAAUUUUCUUCGUUGAGGAGGGCAAAGUUCUCAACUAUGGCAAUGCUGGUGGAACUGCACAAUAUGAGUCAAGAUCGAUUUGUGUACACAUGUAAUGAGUGCAGAAUGCACGUUGAGACAAGAUAUCACUGUACAGAAUGUGAAGACUAUGACUUGUGUGUCAGUUGUUAUCAGAAGGUUAACCAUCAGCACAAGAUGGAUCGUCUUGGAUUAGGAUUAGAUGAUGAUGAUGCAUCGCAACAGCAGCCUGCUGCACGCAAUCCACAAGAACAACGAAAGUUGUCUAUUCAACGUUGCAUUCAGUCACUGGUGCAUGCUUGCCAGUGUCGCGAUGUAACCUGUCGGUUACAGAGUUGUAUGAAGAUGAAACGAGUUGUUCAGCACACAAAGACAUGCAAGAGGAAGACAAAUGGUGGUUGUCCAAUAUGCAAGCAGUUGAUAGCGCUCUGUUGCUACCAUGCAAAGCAUUGUCAAGAGUUAAAGUGCCCGGUACCGUUUUGCCAGAAUAUUAAGCAAAAACUGCAGCAACAGCAGGCACAGCAGCGGUUUCAACAAGCAAAAAUGGCCAGAAGAAGGUACAUGACGAUGAUGCGCACUGCAGCACCCAGCCAGCAGCCGUCUCCAAUAGCCAGUCAGUCGGCACCUGUUGCUCGACCUCCACCUACUGAUACUCCAGCAUUUUCACCAAUGGCUCAAAGGCCUAUACCGACCACCAUUCCGAAUCCAAAGACAACAGGUCCGCCUCCACCUCACACGACGAGUUUUGCUGCUGCAAAGGCUGCAGCUGUAGCUGUCCAUGCAGCAAGACAGCAGCAGCAGCAGCAGCAGCGGCCUGGUCCGACUGACUCACUACAUCUGGCUUUGUCGUCAAAUAGUGUAUUACCACCUGUGCAACAGUCGAUGCCAGCUAAUAUUCCACUUCAGCCUCAACCCAGACCGAUGCACCCACAGCAACUGCCACUACAGCAAGCUGGACCUCAGCCUCCACCACAACAGCCACGUUGGCAACCGACAAUGAUGCGAACACCUGGACCUCCUACACACGUUAACAACCAUCAGCCAAUGCGACCACCAAGUAUGCCAGCAUUGCCCAGUCACAGCAUGCAAAUGCAAACACAAGCAACUGCAAGUCCGGUUCAGUUUGCACCAACUCAUGUCAGUGUUCCACAUACCAACACAAAUUAUCAGGCCUCCACAGUCUCUCAUCAACCCCCCUUACCAGGGGUACAGCAAACCUCAAGACGGCUACUUAGUGACCAGGAGAUGGCACAAAUUGUUGAGGCAUUACGGUCACCUGAUCCAUCAAAGAGACAGGAGGUUGUGUCUAUAAUAAAGAAGAACCCUCCGCUUGUAACUAUCUUGCUGAAGAGGAACCAAGAUCGUCAACAGCAACAGCAAAGACAACAGGAGCAACAGCAGCAGACUAUUCCCAGACCCGUGUCUAUGCCAUCAGUCAUGUCGAGUAAUGCACUUCCACCUGGCAAUGAUAAUGUUGCUAGUCAUGCUCAACCUCUACAUUCACACGUUUCCAUGUCAUUGCAGCCACCCAAUGGUUUACCACAAUAUCCAGUGAAUAUGCCGUGGAAUCAAGAUCAGCAAGCACAACAGCUGCAUAUGCGUCCUCCCAGUCAACCUCUGAUGAGUCAUUCGCUGCCUCCCAGUCAACCCCUCGCAAAUCAUCCACCAUCUUCGAUGACUCCACCAACACGCUCGAUACUGCCUUAUCCUCGCUAUGCUCAACCAUCACAGCCGGUAAUGAUGACUCAUCAGACUACUUCAUCACAUCUCGUUCAUCAGCGUCCCAUUGUAUCUCAACAGAAUCUGAUAAUGAGACCAUCGCCCAUUCCUACUCCUCCUGGUAGGCCAGGAAGUGUGCCUCCUCAUGUUCCACCUUCAGCCACUCCACCUCUACCAGUAACUCAUAGUCUUCAACAUCAGCAUCAGGUUACUUUGCCGGGCACAACAGGAGUGGUUGGGGUCAAUGGUAUAGGUCAGAACUUCACACAACCAUCUAGUGUACAACCUCCUACACCAAUUCAGCAGCCGAUGAUGUCUCCGCCUCCUCCACCAUUAUCAAUGUCACCCGCACCUAGCAGCAUGGCGUCACCAGCGGCUCCUCCGUCAUUUCAUGGGCAGGUGAAUCCUAUUGCGUCAGUGCAUUCGUCGAGGUCGAUGCCUUCUCCACGUUCUUUGCCGUCCCCACAUUCUCUUCCUUCACCACAUCCUGGACCAUCGCCGAUGACAUCUGAUCCCUCGUUGUGUGAACAGUUUUUGACAAUGGGACCAUCAUCACUUUCUACUGCCUUGCAGAGUCCAACAGACCCUAAUAUGGUACUUGACAGCACACCGACACCUCAAGAUGCUUUGACUUUGUUUGUGGAGACUUUGUAGCAAAUGUACAGUGAUGUAUAAUGAUACAUGGUCAAGCAUCUGCCUGUCUGCUCUUGUUUGAUGAUUAAGGCGAGUACUUUGACUUUGUGAACUUGGGCAUACUUCUUACAUGUCAGUGAGGAGAGCUUGUCUUGUAUAUCAGCAGUGACUUUUUUAUCUAACGAACCAGAUUUUCUAUUUUUGGUCAAUGAUGUCAUUAGGGAGUUUACCAUUGACUGCAGACUAGGAAUGGAUUUCUCCCAUCUAUUGUGUACAUUUCUUGCCUUAGUACUUACUUGCUAGGUAGAUUUGAAGUGCAGCUUAUUUAACUUACAGUAAUUUGAAACAAAUUGUCA